AUGGAAAGGAUGCUGCCGAAGAUGCACAAGGACCUCUUGGGAAUUGUAUCAGUGCUCUGGAUGGUAUGGUACCCGCGCCAGGUAGUUGCAGAAGAAAGUUUGUAUCACCUUGAUUUUCUACCGCAGCCAUACUCCCUCAAAGAGGAAGUAAGAAACCUUGGAUGGGAAUAUCCCACAGUACCCCUGCAAUGGAAAACAGACCGGAGCAGGACGAACGUAUGGAAGAAAGGCCAGAAGCAGGAGCGUGAAUUGAAAAAGCAUCUGCUGGAAUCGUACCCGCGGCAGGAACCCUUGAGCUGGAACAGCAAUCCGAUGAUGUGCCCGCGUCGAGAAGGCAACACAGAAUUACUCUCACUUCCCAAAGUGGACAGAAGGGGAAAAGCUGCGACCCCGGCUAUCCGGCCAGGAGAUACCUCUACACCUGCUACAGGAACCAAGAGUAAGACAGAACGGAAAGAAGAAAAGAAGGCUGCCAGGAAAGAGGAGAAGAGAAACAGGAAACUGGAGAAGUCGGCGCAAAAAGCUGAAGAGUCUGAAGCGGAAAGAGAUCCAGCGCGGAGAAAGCUCGAUGCCGCUCUGGAGAAUGCGGGGGAAGAAGAAAGGAUUGGGCUUGAGAAACUUCGAGAAGAAGUCAGAGCUGAGGAUGCUGAAGCAGCAGGAAUGGAAGGGAAACGUAAGCUGGAAGAAUUGGAAGAGAAGAGACGUGCCCUGGAAGAAGAGAGUGCCCGAAAGCAGAAAGAACUCGAAGAUGAAGCUCGCAGACUCAGAGCUGUGGAAGAAGCCGAACGUAGAGCUCGAGAACAACGUUCGAAGAACCCCAAGCUGCAAGUACCAGUGGAAGCUGAGAAGGCUGAGAAAGGAGAAACAUGGUUCGAGCGGAAGGCUACCGAACUGGUCGAAGGCUAUAUCCAAGCGUAUGCACCGCAGCAGAAGAAGUCGAAGGAACUUCGAAAGGAAUGGCUUGACAAGACCUACGAAGAGAGCUGGAAGGUUGGAAGAACGAUCGGGUCGGAUGAGAAGUACUUGGAAUGUACCUACUACCCAUUCUCGCCUGAAUGGCAGGAAAAGGUGCGAAAGGACCUGCUGGACCUGGCGCACCGUGGGUUUGCAACGAAUGCAGAUGGAGAUCUGUGUCCGACGACAAGAUUUGCAUGGCAACUACGAUCAACCCGAGACUUCAAGGAGAUCAACGACUCCCUCGAACCGGACUACAGUAUCAGACUGGUCUGGAAAAGUCAGGAAGUUAAAGGAAAAAGUAAGGCGGUGGAUGAAUGGCACUGCUACCCUAUCGGAAGGGGAAAGAUGGAGAAGACCAAUAGGAUUGGAGUUCCGUACACGGUUCGGGGAAAUUUGCCCCCAAACAAGAAUAUGUGCUCCAUAUGCUGGUCAGAAGGCCACUGGAAGAGUGAAUGCCCACUCAUGGUGUCCGAAUUGUGGGAGCCAGCACUCACAGUAUUGGUGCCAAAGGAAAGACUCCGGAGAUACUACCCGUUGCGGAACAUCGUCUGCGAACACUACAAGGACGAGAAGGAUGAGUACCAGAAGUACUAUCCAGCUUUUGCAUUCGUGGAUUAUGGUGCCUUCAGCGGCAAGAUUUCCGAAAUCAACAAGAAGAAGUACAAGGAUGCAAAGAUGCGAAGAAAGGCAAGGAAUGGAUAUUUUAUCCACUUGGACUAUGAAGUUGCCGUGGAGCAAGGAAGUAAGGGUGUAAGACGUGGUAAAGCAGCGAUGGAGCCGGACGACCAGAAGAACGACAAUGCCUUCUCCGACAAAUGCAUCGACAUCUCCUACGACUACGUGAUGCCAUGCAAUUAUGUCGCGCCUCCGGCUUUGCUGAAGCUAUCUCAGGAGAAAGCGCUGUCAGCGAAGGUGAUGGAGAAGUUGAAGAGCUCCAAUCUUUUUGUCGCAGAGCAAGGCGCUGAGGACCUGAUGAAUAAAACAAUGGAUGCUGGCUUGCGGCAUCAGAUGGCAGAAGAUGGUGCCUUCGAGGCCCUGGUUGCGGCUAUGCGACAGUUUGCAGAGAGCAAGUCCGUGCAGUAUUCGGCCAUCGUGGCGUUGGGCAACCUUUGCCGUGAAAACACCAGGAGAAAGCAGUGGGCAGUCCGCAUUGGCGCAUUGGGGGCGAUUGUGACGGCCAUGACAGGAUUUGAGCACUCAAAGGUGAUACAGCACAAAGGCGUUGAAGCUCUCCAUAGCAUCUGUACUGGCAGCGACAAAAAUGCCGCACAUCGUGCAGCCAUGCUGCGGCAAGCUGGUGGCACCGACGUCGUGAAGCGCGCUCAGGAAGGGUCCCCGAGCAACAUGGGCCUACAGCAAACAGCCAACGGCUUCCUCAUGGAGCUGGACAAUUUGUGCGCGCGGGAAGACAAGGUUGUGGCUGAGAGAGCAGCCGAGGAAGCAAGGAAGGCAAGGGAUGAGAAGGCCGCAGCAGAGAGGGCAGCUGCCGAGGCAAAGCAAGCUGCAGAAGCGAAGGCACGGGAAGAAAAGGCUGCAGCAGAAAGAGCAGAGGAAGCAAACAAGGCGAACAAGGAGCUUCUUGCGGCGAUAACUGCGGUGAUGGAAGGAGGCAACGUCAAAGUCCUGAAGGAGGCGAUCCAAAAGGCAGAGAAGAUGGAACAUGCCCCCGAGGCGCUUACUGCAGCACGUGCCACGAUGUCUGCCCACACCAGACCCGGAAGGGGUGCCUCGCGCUCCUGUUCGCUGGCGGCGUUUCCUGGUGACGACAAACUACCGACCACUUUUCCGUCGUACUGGAUCAAGGACUGUAGGGAAGUAGAUGAGCAGGGUUGGAUUCUCCACCCCGUUCGCGACGACACUUUGAAAAAAAUUGAACAUAUCUUCCGCGUCCGUCAACCGCGCGAGCUUGGGAGGGGACGGGACGCACAGAAGUAUGACCGGAAAUACACAAACCUUCAAGUCCAUUGUGCUUGGCGGCUGGAGCAUGAGACCAAAUGGGGCGUGUACGCCGCGAAAAGGAACGAGGUGCUGAACAACAUGAAGCAGAUCCGGGCAAAAAAGCUGGACGUGCGGCAGCCUGCGAGAGUUGCCUGGAUGAAAUCAGCCAGAAGCUGA